CGUCAACAUGGCGCUGCCCAGGGUUUUCACCGGAGCUCCGUCUGUUAGUUGUAUGAUAAAAAUAAUUUCGGUUCUUUUGAGUUGUCAGAGAGUUUAAGAAACUAUUUGACACGAAAAUAUUGCUGCUUCGUUUUUUUUAAUCGUUGAUUUUAAAAAUUACCAGAUAUUAAAACAAAUCUAUUUACGCCUGAACAGCACCAUGUCUGGGUCAAAUGUCUGGAGUCGCACUAGGGAGAAAAUGAGACUUUUCCCGGAACUUUUUGCACAGUGUGCGAACGAGGCAGCAGUGUAUGGAAAGUGUGUAGCUGCUACCACAACAGGCACACAGGAGCUGAGGAAGGAUCUGUGUGCCAAAGAGUUUGAAGCACUGAAGAUCUGCUUUACCAAUGCAGUAAGUGCCAGUGUCAGCAACUGUCACACUGAAAGUUCUGUUUAA